AUGGCCACCAACGGGACCAAAGCCUCAGACGGACACGUCUUAACGGAGACGGUGAAUGACGCGCCCACCACCACGCCGAACGACAAACCCAAAACCUUGGUGGUGAAAGUGCAGAAGACGAAAAAUGAGAUACCCGAAAGAGAAACGUGGGUUGGGAGAUUUGACUUUCUUCUCUCUUGUGUGGGAUACGCAAUCGGACUCGGAAAUGUCUGGAGAUUUCCUUAUUUAUGUGGAAAAAACGGAGGAGGGGCCUUCUUGAUUCCCUACUUUUUGACCCUCAUAUUUGCUGGCAUGCCCCUGUUCCUUCUGGAGACGGCUCUUGGUCAGUACACUUCUAUUGGAGGGCUUGGAGUGUGGAAGCUGGCCCCUAUGUUCAAAGGUGUUGGUCUGGCUGCUGCUGUUCUGUCCUUCUGGUUAAAUAUAUAUUACAUUGUCAUCAUUUCCUGGGCUAUUUACUAUCUGUACAACUCCUUCACUAGUGAUCUGCCAUGGCAGACGUGUGGCAAUUCCUGGAACACAGAGCGCUGCUUCACCAACUACAGCAUCACAGACACCAAAAACCUCACCAGCGCUGUGGUGGAGUUCUGGGAACGUAACAUGCACCAGAUGACUGAUGGUCUGGAGAAACCUGGGGAGAUUAGGAUUCCACUGGCUAUCACACUCGCCAUUGCAUGGGUGCUCGUCUAUUUCUGUAUCUGGAAGGGGGUCAGCUGGACUGGCAAAGUGGUGUACUUCUCAGCUACAUACCCUUACUUUAUGCUGUUCAUCCUGUUUUGCCGUGGCGUCACUCUACCUGGUGCAAUUGAUGGAAUCCUCUUCUAUAUCACACCAGACUUUCAAAAACUAAAGGAGUCUGAGGUGUGGCUGGAUGCUGCCACUCAGAUCUUCUUUUCCUAUGGGCUGGGAUUAGGCUCUCUGAUUGCUCUUGGCAGCUACAAUCCCUUCAAUAAUAACGUAUACAGAGAUUCUAUCAUUGUCUGCUGCAUCAACUCCUUCACCAGCAUGUUCGCUGGCUUUGUCAUCUUCUCCAUCGUGGGAUUUAUGUCCAAUGUAACAAAGAGACCCAUCGCUGAUGUGGCCGCCUCAGGACCUGGUCUGGCAUUUUUGGCUUAUCCUGAGGCCGUGACCCAGCUGCCCAUCUCUCCUCUCUGGGCCAUACUCUUUUUCUCUAUGCUGCUGAUGCUGGGAAUCGACAGCCAGUUCUGCACUGUGGAAGGCUUUAUCACCGCGCUGGUUGAUGAAUUCCCUCACAUUCUCCGAAAACGCAGAGAGAUCUUCAUUGCAAUCGUCUGCCUUAUUUCUUACAUCAUUGGAUUGUCCAACAUCACACAGGGUGGACUGUACGUGUUCAAGCUAUUUGACUACUACUCAGCUAGUGGAAUGUGCCUGCUCUUCUUGGUCUUCUUCGAGUGCAUCUCAAUUUCAUGGUUUUAUGGUGCGAACAAAUUCUACGAUAACAUUGAGGAAAUGAUUGGCUACAGGCCCUGUCUGUGGUGGAAGGCCUGCUGGGUUGUUUUCACUCCGCUCAUUGUGGCUGGAGUCUUCUUGUUUAGUGCAGUGCAGAUGGUUCCCCUCACCUUGGGUGAAUACGUGUUCCCAGCCUGGGGCCAGGGGGUUGGGUGGUGCAUGGCCCUCUCCUCCAUGACACUCAUCCCUGGCUACAUGGGCUACAUGUUCCUCACACUCAAAGGCACAUACAAAGAGCGGCUGCGGAUAAUGUUGAAGCCUUUGGCACUGUCGAAGGCUCAGGAAAAUGCCCCGGACCAGCAGACAGAAAACCAGAAUCAGAACCCUGUCAACGAGGAAGCCUACAUCUAGAAACUUCUGCCUGUCUCUCUGUCUUGACGGCCAGACUGGCGAUCUACACAGAAAAAACAUAAUCAAGGUUUGGAACGACCACCAGACUUCCAUGUCUGCUUUUAUUCACCUACCUCCUGGGGACA